AACUAAAGUAUUAAGUCUGACUUUAAGAGCUAAGCUUUCCUUAGAGACGUUAAGAGCACACAGCAUGAUACCGCACCGUAAGAAAUGGACUAUCUGAUCUUGAAAACAUUCUUGGGAGGGAAAAUGCUGACGUGUUCCUGAAAAAAAAGAGAGAAAAAGGCAGCAGCAGGUUUAUUCAAUGUGGCUUUUUUGUACUUGAAGAGAUCUCAUGGUCGGGCAAAAUGUACUACCACAGAUGCAGCUGCCGGUAGUAUCGAGAACACUAUCUCGUUUUUCACAGGUGAGAAGUUACCUGCGAGACGAGCGCAGGCAGCGCUGGGGUGCUAUCGCGACCUGCGCCGUGUUAAAACAUUGCAAGGCGCAAGUCAAAAUGUCAGGGAGGAGGAACAAUCCUCUGCCCACUCGCAACCAUUUCUGCACGUGUAGCAGCGGCUUGUGCCGACCCGGGGUCGCUUAUAGGUCACAGCGGCCAGAAGUGUAGGCAAGGGCUUGUGUGACCACCUCCUCGGCUCUCAUCUGCGACAUGGACAUUCAUUUAUUCUCUCUCUCUACCUUUUUCUCCCCCUUUCUCUCCUUUUGUGUGAACCAUAUUAAUGCAAAUCGCUAGAAACGUUUCAACUAUUUCUUCCGAACUUUUAAAACAGGAUGCUGAGAUCACCACGCGUAACGUCUUGUCACGUGACCUUAGGAACGGAACUGUGGAGGAAGCAGUCAGUUUGAAAGCUACUGCGCAUCGUAAAUGCAAGGAGUCGUGUUUUGCAAAAGAGUGCGGGGAGGUACUGGAGGUGGUUGGGGAGUUUCCGAUCGGCUUGAAGUCGAAACUGCGAGCAAAAAUGCAAACUCACAGCGCGCACGUUCUCGAGAAGCACCGCAAAACUGCCGCUAGGCUUUUGUGAGCACCACAUUCUAGUCUGGCAGAUGACUAUACAUCCAAGCACUGAUACGUAGUUUUCUUAAUGAUCUGUGUCGAGGAAGGGGAGAAAACCUCGCUCCUUGCGGAGCGAGUUCAGCGAGUUCAACGACUGCCAGCCUUGAUUUACGCAGAGGUGCUAAGAGGGUCCGCUUGCAGGAUUCAAGACACAGCCAGGCAUCAGUUACGUAAGAGAGAGGAGAGGGGAUAGAACUGCGCGUGGCUCCGGGACUGCGCCAAGCUGGUGGCAGACAGACAGACAGACCGACGGACCACCUGAUGGCUAUCUUCCUAACCUUUGCCGUUCGACCUGAGGUCUGAGCUCGAAGCCUAGGGCACAGGAGGGCGGAGAGUGGGUGAGUUGCCGCGGUGUGAGAGGUUGGUGUGUGCGGCUGCCUCUGUGUGGCACACCUGAGUAUCAAGCGGAAGCCAUGCAGACCUCCCGGCGGCUCGUUCCUGCGGUCACCCUUCAGACCCGUGCCAGACGCUGGUUUCUGCAUGGCCGCUUAUCGCUGCACCGUUGCUAGCACCGCAGUUCCGGCGGCGGCGGUGAGCGGUGGCUGACCUGGAGAUAUGGGACUGUGUCCUCACUUCACCGCGGCUCUGCGUACACGCUGAGGAGGACUAGAAUGCCGACAUUGGACACGUUGGGCUACCUGGUGGCGCUGGGCAACUUGAUCGUGCUGCUGGUGAGUGUGCCAAAGGCUGGGUGCCAGGGACUGCCCUCACAACCCCAACUCGCCUUCGAGAAGGAGGAUUAUCCCGCCGACCACUUUCACUACAGUCAUCAGCUUCCAGACGGGAAAGAGAUGAAAGUGUACCUGUUCGAAAACACGCCGACAAAAUUCUUUUUCGUGGUCGAAAACGAUCAUAGCCAUUUAGAGAUUACGGUGACACCAUGCGCCUCCCCAGUUCAGUGGAGACUCUACAGAAAACCAUUGCCGGCUAAAGAUGAUUCCGAAGAAUCUAAAGAGACAGACCCUUUUCUGGUUCAGACCGUGUCCUUACAACGCAACUUGAACGCUCCAUUGGUUCUCGGCAGCUGGCUGGGAGAAUCUCGCGUGAACUACACGGACUAUGACGCCGAAGCGGGGCUGUACAUCCUGGACAUCAACUCUACCAAGUCUGAUUCUAUCGUCAGUGUGCUCGCAUCGCUCACGCCGCUGGCCAGCUCCCAUUACCCAGCCAUUCCCCCCGACGCAGCUGUUCACGUUACGGCAAAGACCCGUAACAAGCUGACCUUCCGGUGGGCAGAUGCCUCCCCCGUCAACGCCGGCGCCGUCCUAGAGUACUGUGUGUCCGUCUCCAAAGUGCGAAACUUUCGCACUCGUUGCUCUGUUGUGGCACACGCCAAGGGCGACAAGAAGCCCAGUUUUUCAUCGGAAGACAGAUGGGGUUUCCGCUGGGAGAAAGUGCACAUGCGAGAAAUUCGAAGCAAAGCGCGCCCCGUCAAACCCAUGUCGCCCAGGAAAGUUUUCUACCAGUGCGUAGGUUCCGACAGGGAGUUUACUUACAGGAAAGCACGGCCUGGGAAAACGUACUACAUCGACGUGUUUGUGGUAAACAACAAGACAGACGCAGCAACAGCCUACAACGGCGCCGUUGCCAAGACACCCCGCGGCAAACCUAAGCCGCGGAAAAAGUCGACCACCAUAAUGGACGGCGAGAGGAAGACCCUCAAGUUGCAAAAGAAAGACGCGGCGCAGGCCGUGGUGUUCGAAGCCAAGCAUCGGCUCUCCUCACUGGCCCUGGAGUUCCGGGUGUGCACCGGACGCCUGUCGCUGGAGAUCUUCCACAACACCACCCUGAUCCACACGUCCACGGCGAAGCGGUGGAAGCGCGUUCAGAUGAAGAACGUGCUGCCCGGAGACUAUGUGAUAAAAUUCCCCAAGCUCCACAAGCGCAAGACGUUUGUCUCCAUUUAUGUCACGUCAAAGCCGUCAAAGUUGACUUUGCCACGUGACACUACCAUCAAAGUGUUUGACAAUUUGACCACGUGCAGUAACGUGACGGUGGCCUGGAUGGGCACGAAUCGCAAACAAAAAUACUGUCUGUACGUCAAAGACAGGGCCGAAAUUCGGAGCCUCAAGCGGCAGAAGUGUUCCGAGAUGGACGCCCGGCCGACCUCGGAGCGGGUGCUGUGUACGGAGUACCGGCACAAAGACGUGAACAAGGCUGUGAUGAGUGCCACUGUGAGUGGGCUGAAGCCCAACACUCACUACAUACUGGAUGUAUACUUGAGCAAGAAGCACAGUGGACCAGUGGUAUACGACUCGGCUCAAGUCAGAACGAAAUCGGCGUGUUGAGUGGGUGUAUUGGCUGUGCAGGUCAGAACGUGGUUUGUGGGGGGACAUGUUGAGGGACGAUGGCUGCAGGUCAGAAGCGUGUUGGGCAUGGUGAGUGGUGCUGGCUGCAACAGACCAAACAAGCACUGCUUUCAAAAUCCCCUUGCCACUUUAUCUGCUGCGUUAGGUGAUCAAUGUUUCUGCCACGUCAUCGCAUUUUAGAAGUGUCAUUUAUCGACUGUAAGAUAGCCAUAGAUUCAUUCCACAUUGUGCUGCCAUGUUGCUUGUUUGCUUGUUUGAAUGGGCUUGAAGCAGAUGACAGCAAAAGUUCACUUUGUCCAUGACUACCUGCUUUUGUCGGAACGUUCGUGGACAAGAAGAUCUGAAAGAGAAUGAAAAGAAACUGUCGAAGGUAUUUGCUUUGUAAUGUAUUAGCCGACGCUAAUGAUGGCCUCGGAGAAUCGGCAUUCGACUCGUUAACAGGAAACCAAUCAGCACUAAGUAUAACAAUUGGCUUUAGGCCUUUUUUAAUUUGGAAAGAGGCUAACCUGUUCAUGACGUUGUAGCGAGCCAAACCGUAUUGCUAUAGUGGUUCAAAGAGGUCAAAGGUCACUUAAAAUGGCACACCGCGGGAACUGCCUUUUCAUCUGGAAUGACAGGCUGGUGCAUUCAUGACAUACAGAGACAUGGCAGUCACUGAAACAAACUGAGACAAUAAUCAGAUUUCAACCACUUCGCCAUUUGUUGGAACUUUGUCUGCCGCCUGACGGGACAUAUUCGUGAACUCAAAUAGCAUGCGUAACGAAUUCUGUUUUUUAUUCCUCCCGUGAAAUUUGAUUUCAGUGAAAAGUUUUGCUAUUUUUAAUUAUUUUACUUUUAAAAUUUUAUUAUAUAUUUUUCUUAUUUAUUUGCACUUAGAAGUAUUUUUUCUCAAUUUUUUCUGAUUUAUCAGUUUAUGUUGACAUGGUAGUUCCCUUUUUUAUGUCCUAUUGGCGUCAUUUGACCUGUGAAUGCUCCGGGAAGAACUACGAAGUGGUCGGAAUCUCAAUCUAUCCCCCUUUUCCAAACCGAGGCUCGCAUGAACAACUAAAGACAUUACAUAUGUAUCAAUCUAGUCACAUGAAAAUAUUUUUCGUGGAUUUGUUUUGCUUCAUUAUUUCAUAUUGCAAUAUGUUUUGAAAGUGGUGAUAUGGCUGGAAAUUUUGUAGCCGACGUAACUUAAGAGGGAAGUGUGUGCACACAGGCAAUUGUAGACACCAAACAAAAAACAAAAACAAACAAACAAAAAACCCCAACAACAGCAAGAAACUGUUUGCUAUUCAGAAGAAAUUACCAGAAAUGUUGGUCUAUUUUCUAGUCAUAUAUUCAUGAACAGUUUCCAAAACCUGUUGUUUUGUAAGUAAUGAAAUUUAAAUGAGGUUCUGUCCUAACUGGAUUUUUGAUGGAAUGAUGGUCACUCACUAGACCAGUAGGUUACCGUAAUUUUCGAUCAGUUAUAUCAUUCAGUGUGUAUUCUGGCUGAUAAAAUAUAUUUAAGCCUGAAAAUCUAAUCAGUCACAAAAAUAGGUCUCGUACCAGUUUCGUGCUCAGUCACAUUAGUCUGUCACGACUGGGGUGUGGCACGGGUGAGUGUUGCUUUCCUGUUGGGAAACUCCAGACCUCCAGAACCCUCAGAUGCUCUGAUUGUCAUAUGGCAUCACUGACCCGAGCUUUUCCUUCUGUACACCUCACCAGAACCUCUCUUUAGUUCUUGAUUUUUUUUUUUUUUGGCUGAAGUUGGACGAGUUGGGUCACCGUGACCAUGAGAUCGGGAUGCAUGCCCACGAACAAAGUUUUGGCUUUCGUUCACUCAUCUCCACGCUGUCGCUGUGGCUGUUGUUCAUGGUUUGAUACUCUCAAGGAUGGGAUGAAGACUACAAAGAAAAUGUACAGUGACGAAGGUGUCAGCAAGCUGGCACGGGGUGCUUACCAGCUUGCAGCCAAGAGAGGGGAGGGACCAGUGACUGACAGUGGAGCGGUACCUCGUGACUCAGGGGUGGGGGAUAUGGUUGGCGCGCUACCUGACGACACAACGUCUACCGAGGGAUUAGGCUGCCAGCUAAAUACUUCGUCUAGUAGGUCUGCUCGUGACCUCAGCGGAGCUUGGGGGCUUGAUGAUAUAAUGCUGUUUGCGCUCAAGCGUCUGGGUGACUCCGGAGUGUCGGUUACCUAUUCUGUGGAGGUACCCCGGAUGGUGGGGAGAAGGGGGAGAUGACUGGCUUCGACAUGUUUCGUUCUGCCUUCCCGAUUCUUUGCUGACCCAACAUGGACGUUCUAUUCUAGAACAAAAAGAAUAACUGAUGAGAGCAGUGUGUUUUGGCUUUAUUAUUAUAAAGAUGAUUAAAUGUCCCUACCACGGAAUAAUAAUAAUAGAAUACAAAUUUGCAGAUGUGUCCUUCCCUGUGUAGAAUCGAGGCCAAUGAUAUAGGCAGUUGUAUCAACAAUGGUUGUUUUACACAGAGGUAGUCUUCCCCUAGCAUAUGCAGGAACCCUGGGACUGGAUCCAAGUUUCCUAGUUUCCAAGGUCUGGAGGUCAACCCACGUAUACAAGAUAUAUAAUAAUGUGCACGGCUGCGUCACCAAUUUCUUUAUUGCAGCGAUCCAUGAGUAUCUGCUUACAUCCAUGUCCGGAGAGUGGCACAAGCCUGCUGGCUUUACAUGUUAACAGCUCAUCCUCACUGUUGAGUUUUUUCUUCGAGAUGUCAGUGCAGGAUGAUCCUAACCUCUAACCUCUGGUUUGACUUAUGAACCUGACCUGCUCUUUUAUUAACGUUCAAUGCAGGAUGUGUCCUGUUAUCUUACAUGAACUAUUACUGCAGGAAGUGUACACACACCUUUAUUCGUGAGAUUGCGCUAAUAUACUAUGGGCUUUGGUAGUAGUUAGCAAGCUUCAAGUGAGAAGCCAGUUGUCCUCCCUGAUCCCUUGCUGACCUUUACGGGUGGCCAAGAGUUACUGUCCUUGUUAGACGCUACCCUUUUAGUGACAGAACAACUUGUCUUGAUUCUUUUAUUAUAUCAUGCGAGUGAAGAUGCUGACCAGGGGCUAGAAUGGGUUGAUUUUGAUUUUUGUCUUGUGUUGUUUUUUGGCAGUCGAAAAUAUCUAACAACAACAACAACAACAACAACAACAACAACAACAACAACAACAACAAACAACAACAACAACACAGAAGUCUUUGUCAGACUGUAUAUUCCGUCCCAUUCUCUCUCUCACACAGAUAUAAUCGCUUACUUUAAAAAAGUUGCUUCAAACUUGACGACAGGUAUCCAAUUUGUCAAUUCAACAUUCCCUGGUACAACCAGAGGUAGGGGACACCAGCAGCGGCAGGUCUUCAGUGGCAGUCCUUUGUUAACGAUAGCUUCGCUAACGUAGCUUGAGCACUAGAAGAAAGGGAAAGGAGGUUUCCUUUGAAUCCCUCUGUACGCUGACCAUUUGCGUUUGUCUGGGAAACGAUCCUCACAAGCUGCUGCCGUCUGACUCGCCCUUACAACCGCAGUCCGAUCUACGUGGGGCCAGACGACUUGCCCCCAUUCAAUAUUGAAGUCAUUAAUAAUUGCAGAGGAAAUCUCACAUUGGGUCACUCGAUGAUCUGCUAACAACAGGCAUUGGUGUGACUUUAUUAUGGGGAUGGGCUUUUCUCGUGCCUUUCCUGUAGGGAGUGUUGUUGAGAAACUUGUCUCGUUGUGAUUUUGCGAAUUGCCCAGCUUGCGUUUCUUGCCUGAGGGACUCGAUGUUCCCCAUCGUGACAGACCAUGCGACGUGUUCCAGGGAUUUGGCAUGAUUACAGUUCUGUCAGUCUGUUGUUUCUGUGACUUGGCAUAAUUACAAUUCUGUCAGCCUGUUGUUUCGGUGUUUUGGCAUGAUCCGCGGUUCCACGUACUCACACUGGCAGUGACGAGAAUCGCCUGACAAUUUCCGAACUGGGACUCAGAAAGGCAAAACUAGCCAGUAAGCAUUUUUGUUUCAGUUACGCGAACUGUUAGCAACUAAGUUGUUAGCUCAUUUUUUUUUUAAAUUUGGCGUUAUAUGUAAACAAUUUAUUUUAAAAUGUAUGUCAAAGCUACACGCACGAAUACUAUUUUUGUAGUUUCAUGCUCUGUGAAAGCCAACCACUUCAUGUACCGGAGACCUCGCAGUUGUCAUAUAAUCAACUGAUCAACCAAAAGUCAUCCCCAUCCGCGCUUGGUGAAUUUUGUGUGCCAUAUCUGAGUGACUCAUACAUCAUUCCCCAUACCUCUAUGAGCGCCAAUGACUGCUCCACGUCACGCCGUCGGAGAGCUUGUCAUUUAUUGUGUAUUUGAAGCAUGCCAUCCGGUCAUCCAUUAGUAGGGUAUGCCCGUCGGAAGAUGGUAUGUUAGGGCACUUCAUCUCCCAUCUGGGGCAUGCCACGCCAUGCUACGUCGCUUAAUCCCCAACACAUCACGGCAUGAUGCGUCGGGGAUGGCACGAAGCACGCCAUACGUCACUUCAUCCCAAACGGAGCAUCUCACGCUACGUCACUUCCUCCCAAACGGAGCGCGCGGUGCUGCGUCACUUUAUCCUCGGCAGAGGUGUCAUACUACGUCACUCACUCCCCUACGAUGGAGCAUGCCAUCCCCACUGUUCCCUUGACGUGCGCCGCGCGUGCGGCCUAUCGCGUCUCGUGAUUUCACUGUACUUACUCAGUAUUGCACAUCCCCUCCCUCUUUCUUUCUUUUUUUUUCUUUCAAUCGCGGAGACUGUGGUUAUGUUCAUGAAAUAUCAGUUAAUCACUGUUUGGUGUAUAUUUGUAUAUAGCAAGUCAAACUGGGUGGGACUACAGAAACGUGCAAUUUAUUGUUUACAGGUCUGAGAUGUACUAUAACUGAAUGUGUACAUAAUAUUUUACUUUCACUCUUUUUGUACCAGCUGAUGACGCAGUAAGAUUUGUACAUGCUUUAUUCCAGGAGCGUUGUGUAUGUGACCUCUGCCGCUAGUCAUGUCAAGAGGCUGUUUCUUGCGAUGUCUGUACCGGGUAUUGAUGAUAUCAAGACCUAGGGAGCUUCUGUCGUCUGAUACUAAUGUAAGACUCCUGCCAUCAGCGUUUUUUGUUAAUCAUUUACUAUGCUUCUAUGGCCUGGACAAAAAAAUCUAUUUAUAACCGGCUUUCUCGCUCACUGGACAUGCUUGUAAUACCAAUAAUAUUGCGCAACGUAUUGUAUACUCUUAUUGUAAGACAUGCAAAGCGUGAACUACGAGUAGCUUUGCUUUCUUACCCUCAAAGCAUUAUUUGCUUCUUGCACACUAAUCACAAAUCCUGACUCCUACGCACCUUGACCAACAGAUUUCUCCAAAACCAAAAAGUGAGGUUUGCAAAAAUAUGAUACUUGGGGGAAAAAACAGAGCACAGACCAUGUACUGCAAAAGCAAACUAAGCUGAAAGAUGUUUUCUUUCUAAAAGUUAGUCAAAUACCACUUAAUGUCAAGAUAUAUUUAAGUACAUACAGUUCGUAAUGAGUUUGUAAAGGUCAAGGAAUCGACGAUUUUUUUUUCUUCCACAGUUCAUAUUUUAAAAAUAUUUAUUGAUGACCAAGGACUAUUCUAAAGAGAGCGAUGCGUGAGUUCAGAAGAGAUGACUGGAUAUUGUUGAAGCGCGUUGUCUGGAAAUAAUUUGUUAAUCUCUUUCUUUGAAAUGUUUGAUGAAAUCGUCUUGCUUCUUUCAUACAUCGCAUGUGGCCAGUCUUAUGUUGGACAGUGUGGUCACUUAACAUUUCAGUCUAACAUUUGCCUAGUCCUUUAUUUUGGUUAGUUGAUCUUUCGGUGUAAUGCUUUGUUGGUUAAUAUUUCAAUAUAGAGCUAUGAUAAAGUCUUGGCGCCUUUCAUCCUUGUAUAGCAGUACACAGUGGGGACAUCUUGAGACACUUUGUACUUCACAUUUUUUUUCCCAUCUUGGAGGUAAUUAACUCGGGCCAACCAUUUAUAUCAGUAGGUUUCUAAAUAAUUUGUGGAAGGUAGGAAUAUGGGUGGAAGGAAAGUUAUCCGAGGACUGACAAAAGACAGGAUAACGCGAACAAAUAAUCCACUUGCAUGUCAAAACAGAAUAUGUUGCACUGUACUGCUCGUCUUUAUGUGCUCUGGUCACUGCCAAGUUGAUUUUCUUUUCGGUGACAGAAAUUAAUUGUGGUUUUGUGUGCUCACUUUGCUUAGCAUAGCUGCAGAUAAGCCUCAACCAAAGAAAGUUUCGAUGCCGUACAGUAUACAGAUGUUUUCUCUUAGUGUUUUAUUUCAAUACAUGAUGCAAAGGUUAUUAUUCUCAACAGCUUGUCUUUCUCAGAGACUCGGCAAAAAGGUACAGAUUUGUGUUCAUCAAAUUUUAUUUGGUAGAAUGCUGAACAGUUGUGGAUAUUCAUGUCCUUGUUUAACACUCCAGUAACGCCUGGCAUUGUUAAAUACUAUGUUGUAAUAAAAACUUAAAAACUGC